GUUACUGUGCGUUACCGUGGCAACGAGCUGUCGCCGUGGUUGCGCUGACAACUUCUUCAGAACUUCCAGGGUAAAGUCCUAACCAUCAAGAUAAAGUUUGUGGUAUGUAAACCGACUGAUGGUAUUCAUAGAGAGAUUAGCAGCAUGUUCGCUGCCACUAAAGGGGAAAGAUCCCGUAAUAUAAUCUCUCAGACUGGUGGUAAAGACAUCACUAAAACUGGAUCCAAGGUUAAGAAAAAAUCACACUCUGCUGAAGUGACUUUACCACCUAUAUGCCCAAAGCCACCUUCUCUCUCAGCCACCUUUGUGGCCAGGCCCCUGUUCAGCCCUACCUCCAUCCUUCAAAAUGUCCCUCCUGACAGACCUUUAUCAGUGGUGGAACUUCCUCGUCUGAUAGCCCAAGUAGGACCUGGUAGAGCCAUAAAUGAUACAAAAUGGACAGGACCUCGACUAAUGGCCUCAGCAUUAGGGACCAACAUCCCUAUCAGAACUGCUGAGUCGACAGCACAAAGUGUAACAGAGAAAGAUGAAUCAAUGAAAGUCACAACAUGUAAGGAUAAAAAGAUAAGGACUGUAAAGGAUGGGAAAGCAACCAAACCAAAUACAUUUCCUCUCACUGGCACAGAAGUUGUUCACAUCUUUGUCCAAGAAAGACACCUGGCAGAACUGAAGAGUUAUUACCUUAAAGAAGUGGACAGAGACUCAUACAGACCCUAUGACCUACAAGUGGUCCAUUCCAGUGAGGCUGGUUCUGAGCACUACAUCUUCUCCCCUAAUUAUGUACUACAUGUGACAGAGAAGGGUUAUGGUGGAUUUGUUAGUCUGGCAGAGUGGUACAGAGAGUCUGUGUUGUGGACAGCUUUGCAGGAAAUCUCAUUUUUCAGGAACUUCAGACUGUGGAAAACGUUCACCUUGUGGCAUAGAAAUGUGCGCAAGAUAUGUUUUCAGCGCAAGUGUGUGAAUCUGCAGGACAUGCUGCUUAUAGCUGUGCCUCAGUUCAGAAGUGCUCUUCAACUUUUCACUAGACUAAUUGAAGAUUUGAAGGAGACACACUGGCUGCCCCAGGAGGACUCUCAAACCUACACAUUGCUGGAAUUCAAGAAUGUACUGAUAACUAAGAAUCAAGAGUGCCUGGAGAUUCUGGGGAAGUUCUCACAGUUUCGCAGUGUCAUCCUAAAUGUGGUGAAAGACAACAGCUAUAAGGCACACCAGGAGCUGAAACUGCACAUGGAAUAUGCUAAAAAGCCAAAUAAAUGCUAUGAACCCAUUCACCUCCAUCUGGCUCACCAACAGGAGCUGAAGAAAGAGUUGGCUCGAUCUGAAAGCAUCUUAUUGAAAUUGGGGUGCUUUGCUUCUCUCAUCAAUCAAAUGGUUGUGCAGAGUCUCAUCACGAUCGUCAGACAAGAUGCCAUAUCUUUUCUCAGUAAUGUUAUGAAGAGAAAUACAUCUCAGCAGUGCAGUCUCUUCCACACUGAGCUGUGUCUCAGUGCUACUAAUCAGCUGACUGUGGACCCACCAAUACACCUGUUCCAAGAGGCAGUGUGUGAAGCACUCCUGACUGUUGGCGACUCCAUAGUUCAGAUGUGUGACACUUGUGGAUUCUUCCAGGAGAUCAGCAACAGUGUCUUAAACUCUGAUUUUGCUCGGGAUUUAACUUCUGACCUCAGUCGUAUUGAACAUCCUCCUAUUACAGGGGAGAAUAAGAACAGUAAUGGAAAGACUGGUUGCACAAAGUUUUGCUGCUGGCGAUUGCACAGAGACCUGUCAGCUCACUGGCUGGUGCUGCCAAAGCAAACCCAGCUAAUGGUGCAGGGCAACAUGGUGCAUGGCUGCUACUAUCCUCUCUCCAAGACACAGCUGGAGUGGCAGAUCAGCACCAAUGACUCUUCAAAACAAGCUGACAGAGAGCAGACCAAGGUCAUGCAGAAAGCUGAACUAGAGAUCCAGCAGCUGUGUGAGCGCUACAAAUGGUUGGUGGACAUUAAUUUGUUUAUUUGUCAAUGGAGUCAAGUCUCUUUGGAAUCCAUGAAGGGUCAGCCUGCUUUACGGUAUGAGGAGCUCAUUAAAAAGCUGCGCCGCUGGGCUGAAAGAAUCAACACAGUUCCCUCAUCACUUUCUACCUCCAACCAACUGUUCAUAAUCCACUGCACCCACACAAAGGACACUCUAGGUCAACAGCUGAGGUUCAUUGAGGAGAAGGUGCUGGAGCAGCUAGUUGAGCAGAUAAAGCUACACUCAGAGAACCUCAUAGCAGAUUUUGAGAGGACUACAGCCGAACUCAAGACAGAACCGCAGGACUUACAUGACCUCUCAAGAUAUGCUCUUAUGGUGAGGGAGUCUGUGAAAAUGUUGGCAGACAUGCAGGAACGGUUGGAGUACAUUCACUCCCUCCAGAACACUGUUUGUAUGAACUAUAGAGAGAUGACUGAGCAGGAGCUUACUUUGAAAGAUAAGAUGCUCGGCUUAUGGGAUAGCUUUAUACCCCUCUUGAAGGAAGCAGACAGCAUAGUCUGCCACCGUCUUCCUUCAGUGGCUAAUGCACUGAACACAAUGUUCUCAUUUUUGGUCUGUGACCUUAAAAAUACAGUCUCUAAAGCUACAUCUGGACCCUUCCUUGACCCAACCCAGAACACCAAAGAGAUGGUCUCCAAACUGAACAGUAUGUGUGCACAUGUGAACAGUAUAAAUGCAAAGCUGGAGCAACUUAACAGGAACAGUCAAAACCUACAAGAACAUACAAUGGAUUUGACCAAAUUGUCAAUGGAUGUUCAGAAGGUCAAAGCUCGUAAAGAGUUAUGGGAGCUGAUAGCUGCAUACACAGCAUGGAUGGAAGAAUGGAAACAGCUGCUUUUCAGUGAGGUUGUGGUGUCACAAGCUCAAGGGAAAAUUGCAAAGUGGAAGGAGCAAGCUCUUUCUCUAACAAGUAUCAUACCUGCCCAUGAUGCGGUGCUGCAGGAGACUUUAGGGAUCCUGGAAAGCUUAAGCAGUCAGCUUGCAGUCAUGGCCAAGCUACAGAGCCCCACACUCAGGCAUAAACACUUGAGAGCUAUUUUUGAAGGCUUUGGCCUACUGAAUGUCUCAGAGAGGAAGGUGACUGUUGGUGAGCUGAUGUCUCAACAACUUCACCAAGAAGCUCACCAGGAACUAAUUUUCAAGAUGUGCAGGGAUGCACAAGCAGAGUGUAACACAGAACAGACCUUCCAGAAGCUUCAACGAGAAUGGAAAGCUAGACUCUUCCGGCUGGAUGAAUUUACUCACCCUGUUUGGAAGUAUUGUGAGUUACAACAUGGAUUAACAGAGACAGAGAAGCCCACAGAGGGCAUUGUUUCAAAUCUCCAAACUGCCAGUCACCACCCCUGUAAAGAGGAAAGAUUCAUCAUCAUUGGUCUAGAAAUACAUUUUGCUGAGAUAGAGAACGAUUUGAUGACUCUGUCCACCAUGUUGAAGUCUCCAUAUACUUUUGAGUUCAGGCAGGAGAUGGAAGAUUGGAUGCAAUCACUACUAGAUCUUGAGAAGCUGCUAGACUUAUUUGAAAGAUACCAACAAAUGUGGGCCUUCUUGACGAAGAUGUUUGAUGAAACACUCUUUAGCAUUAAAAGAGAUCUGCUGGAGCAGUUCCAACCAGUUGAUGACACAUUUAAAGAAAUUGUGCGCUCUAUAUCAGCUGACCCUCAUGUAUUGAGCUUUGUUAAUUCCAAGAGGAAAAAUGACAGAUUUCAUGGUAACAGUCUUUGCCAGAUUCUCAUUGGUGGUCUGUAUACAAUGGAAGCUAUUUCCAAACAGAUGGUGGAUCCUCUGGAUGCCCUGCGUGAACAGUUUCCAAGACUCUGGUUCUUGAGUGACAGGGAGGUGAUACAACUACUCUCCUUUCACCCAAGGCCUGUCACACUGCAGUAUUUUGCACGCAAAUGCUUUAAAGGGGUUCACUGGCUUGAAGUGGAUAGGGAAAUACCAUGUAAUACAAGAGAUGUAAAAACCCAUGGGCCUACAUCUGGGACCCACAGACAGAUGAAAGUGCUAGGGGUUUUUGCCAGCCUCCAGGAGCACAUUACCUUCCUGUCUCCUUUAGAACCAGAUCUCAAUGCCUUGGUUUGGCUGAGUGCCUUUGAGAAACAGUUAAAGUUGACCAUGGUACAGCUCAUGAAACAAUGUGCUAUUGUGCAAAACCAGCUUCAACCAUCCAGUCAAGAUUUGGAAUGUGAUAAGAAAGCUGGAGACAUCUUGUUCCACAUGGCUAGUAGGACAAAAAAUAUACAACCUGUGCUGGAUGUGCUGUCUGAAUACCCUCUCCAGUGUCUGCUGGUGGCUGAGGAGGCAGUAUGGUGCAGUGUUGUGCUACAAGCUUUCCAAGAAUCAAGCCCAGUGAAACUGAGGAACAUAAAGGCGUACAACUCUGCAAAACUGAAAAAUCUUGGCUGUUUCAUAAGAAAUGGAGUCACAGGGGCUAAAAGCGAAUCUCUAGUUUCUAAGUACACGAUGAUGUGUCUGCGUGCCUUAGUUCUGCUUACAAUGAGUCAUGCACAGCAGCUCUCUCAACUCAUGGAGGUACAGUGUGUGCUGGACUCUUCUUUUGAGUGGCUAAGUUUGAUGAAGUAUCAUAUAAACUCAGAAGAUCAGAGUCUGAAAGGCAGUGAUGAUUCAGCGUGUUAUGUGGAUGUUUUGGGCCAUCGCUUCCAAUAUGGCUAUGAGUAUUUUGGUCCAGAAGACUGGAUGAUGGUGCACACUCCUCCCACAGAUCGGGCAAUACUGGGGAUUCUCCUUGCACUGACAAGCUACAGGUGUGGGUUUGUGAAUGGACCUAGCAUGUCUGGAAAGAAAAAGACUGUGGUCCAGUUAGGAAAAGCACUGGGCCGGCAGGUUGUUAUUAUACAGUGUUAUCCCAGCAUGAGACUUGGUGUUAUUCAGCAGAUGCUGUUUGGCGCCCUACAGACUGGAGCAUGGCUUCUGUUGGACACUGUGGACUUACUAACACAAGGGGUCCUGUCGUCACUAGGACAGCAUCUAGUAGACAUUCAACAGUCCCUCUGUGGGUUAACAGGAAAUAGGAAUCAACGGACAAAUGACAAACCAAAGGACGGGACUGUUGAUGGGGCAGAUAUUGUUAAUCCAGAGUGCCAUAGGGUACUUGGAGGGAAAGGCAUUUCUGCUAACCUCAACUAUGGGUGUGUUCUGAUCUCAUCAAAGGGGUAUACAGCCGAAGUUCCAGAGACUCUGCGACUUGCGACAAGACCAGUUGCAUUAACCCAUCCAGAUUACAGGAUCAUUGCGGAAGUAAUGCUGACUUCCAUUGGUUUCACAGAGGCCAUGUCUUUAAGUCAGCGUCUGGUGUCUCUUAUCAGUUUGGCCAAGGAUUCCUUCUGUCUGCCUGAUUUCAUCACUGAUGAUCAGAACUGCUAUCUUGUAAUUUUGCAAAAGAUCAUCUCUGCCUCUGAAAUACACUUAAAACAAAGUGUAAGGCAAUGCCAGUUUACAGAUGAGGCUAAAGGAUUAGCUUCAGAAAAAACUGAUCUCAUGUCAUCUCAAAAUGAGCCUGUCAGAGUCGCUGACAAGGAUAGAAAAGAGUCUGAAAAGUCUUCCAGGUUGCGCAGUUCUCAUGUGUCAAUUAUACAAGGCUUAAUGGAGGAAACUGCCAUUGUCAAAGCGAUUCUUUCUGCAUUGUUACCUGUUCUUUAUGACCACAAGAAAGCCUCACAGUUCUACAUCAUCUUCAAGGACGCAUUCCCUAUAGCCUGCCAGUUUCCUCUUUUCCAGCAAUACAUUGAGGAAGAAGAAAAGAAGCAACUUAAAGAUGCAGUUACAGAAGAAUUACAAAGGAAACAGUUUCACUGUGACAAGGAAAUAAUUUGCAGUGCUCUUACACUCUACCAGACUAUGAAAUUUUCUCCGGCAGUUCUGCUUAUAGGCCCCUCGGGUAGUGGAAAGACAACCUGUUACUGUGCUCUAGCUGGAGCACUCAAUAGUCUGGCUUCCAAGGCAGUGGAAAAUGUGUUUGAAAAUGACAAUAUGAUCAAAGGAAAUGCCCCACAGGCAGAUCCUCAGAUCUCUGCUUCAAACUGGAACUCUGUCGACACUGUGGUUUUAUUUCCUAAUGCCAUGUCCCAUGAUGAGGUAUUUGGCUGCUUCUGUGAAAAGAGAGGAUGGCAGGAUGGAGCUGUUCCAAAAGUACUAAGAGUUUCAGAACGACAGGAACACAGAGGUUUUAAAUUGUGCGACAAUAAGAAGAGAAAUGAUCAUAUGCCAAUAGUAAAAUGGCUGGUAAUGGAUGGGGAACCUGUGGGGCAGCCUGGCUGGUUAGAUUACUUAACCACACUGUGUGAUCCUGAGGAUCCAUUUCUCUCCCUGCCAUCAGGUGAAACACUUGUGCCAUCCCAAUCAUACCUAAAGCUACUUAUGGAGAUCACAGACCUAAGUGAUGCAAGUCCCUCUGCAGUGACCCGCUGUAGCCUCAUUCAUUUUACAGGAGCUGAUCUGUGGAAGGCUGUGUGGAAGAAUGAAAUGGAUGCUCUCUACUGUGCACACAGACUUGAUCAAAGGACCUUGAAAAUGUGGAAUCGUCUCGCUGAAGAUCUUUUCUCCAGCACUCUUGGUUUGCUUAAGGAGAAGGCUUUAACCUCUGCAAUCCACAGUAAAGGAGAAUCUUUUAAAAGCCCAGUGUAUGGACUGCAAGAAAUCAUGUCAUUUGUCCGGAUCCUAUGUGCUCUCCUACAACAUUUUGGGAAGGAAGUAGAAAAAACUGAGACCAUACCUCAAAGUGACAAAAGAGAUAUAGCUCUACAUGGAACCCAGAGUAAACAACAGCUGCUUGGCAGGGACCUUUUUUUGGUGGCUUAUAUUUGGGGAUUUGGUGGACAUCUGCAUCCUCGUCACUGGCCACAGUUCGACUUGCUUGUCCGCCAAGCACUGUUUACUUGCCGGUACAAAAUUGUGGUUCCUGAUAAAGAGAGUGUGUUUGAACACUUUUUUAGCAUCGACAGUAAGAUGUUCCCCAAGAACAUGCUGUUGACAAAUUCCAUCAUGCCCAAGUAUUGGAAACAUACCAAUCUCCUGAACCUCAUGUUGGAGGCAAACCAGCCAGUGUUGCUUGCAGGAGAGCCUGGUACUGGAAAAACCAGCCUGUGUCAAACUUUGCUGAGUUUUGACAAGCCACACAUCAGCCUACCAGCCAGUCCACUCUUGAGCUCCAGAGACCUGCGUACUAUACUGAAAACCAUCAGUUGCCAGAAGUACUGUAAAGAUAGUGUGGGUUCUGCAGCCAAACAGCCAAGACUGCUUCUGUUUGUGGAUGAUUUGCAUGAAACCCCCUGCGAUUCUUUUGGGAAGACAUCGACUGCUCUAGAAUCUCUACGACAGAGUAUUUCAAAGGGAGAGAUUCUAACAUUUGAUACUUACCACUUCAAGUUAUUGAGUUCUGCAACCAUCAGCUAUAUGGCUACCUGUUGUGUGUCAGGAUUCAGCAAUCACUACAGUAAUGUGAUAUCCUCCCGGCUGUCACGCCUGUUCUCCAUUUUUGUGCUCCCCAGUCUAUCUAUAGACAUUAUAUUGUCUAUCCAUUCUCCUAGGCUACAAGUCUGGCUCAAAGAAAUGCCACUUAAGCAGAGUGGUGAGGACAUGGCAUGUUGUAUCAUCACUGCAACUAAAAAUCUGUAUCAUGCUGUAUGUGACCAAUUCCAGCCCACUGUGCAGAGGCCCUAUUUCAUGUUCUCCCAUCAUGACCUGCAGAAGGUGUUUCAGGGGAUGUAUCUGUGGCAGCCUAACAUCCAAAAUACAGGGACAACGCAGAAAAAGGAGUAUGCGCUACCAGGCUUUCCUCCAGUCCUUCCUGGGCCUGCAGCAUCAGUUCUUAACAUAGCACAUCUCUGGAUGCAUGAGUGCAUGCAUAUUUUUAGCGAUAGGUUAUGCUCAGAAGACGAAAGAAAAACUCUUAUGUCACUCAUAGCCAAGGUUGCAGCAACACACUAUGGAGUUGGAUUGGUUGAUGAACCCCACCCUGACAGUAUAGAUGUCUCACCCAAAGUCACAAGCCUUGCUACUCACACACUACCCACUGACACAGCAGGCACCUAUAAGGAAAUAGGCCAGAGUCCAGAAACACUAAGUCUGCCACCAGAGCCAAAACCAGCUGGCCAGUCAGACCUGAAGAUAGACUAUACAUUGACUGAAUCUUCAAAAGAGGCAAGCCUAAAAACUCAUCCUCUGCAGCAGCUGAUUGUUCAGCAUAUGGAGGGCAUAAUGCCUAGGCUUGUAUAUGGUCCUGAGCUUUCAGAGGCCUUGAAUUCAGUGGAUCAGCAACACAAUUUCAAAUCUAGCUCUUGUUACAAGGAGCAAGAUCUUGAUACGCUACUGCAGAAACUGUCUGCUCUUGUGGACAGAAAAGAGGACAGUCAAGGACACAAAGGACACAACAUUAAAUCCAAAUACAUUUUACACAGAGAGAGAGUGAGACAGCUGCUACAUAUCCUCAGGGCUUUGCUCAUACCUGGAGGUCAUGGAGUACUGAUCAGCUCAGAGAGAGGCACAGGCCGUAGAACCACUGUGCGUUUAGCGGCCUACCUCACAGGCUACCAGCUGAUGGAGGUUCAUUCUGGUAAUGAGAAGAAGUUGCAUGAAAUCCUAAAAGAGGCUGGAAAUCGAACUAGAGUAGAUGGCGGUAAUGUUAUCAUACUGGUCCAUGAAGAAAUCAGCCAGUCUGUUAGAGAAGAACUGUUGCUGGCGAUGGCCCACAGAACCUACCCGGCACUCUACACAGAAGAGGAGCUGAGGAACUUUGUUUCCAGAGUGACGGCUGUGAACAACUCAAGAAGAUACCUUAUGGACAGUUGGGUGUUUGAUAAGUACUUGAGCCAAGUCCACAGAAAUGUCCAUGUGUUCCUUCUAAUGCCCUUCACCACAUCAGACACCAGUGAGAUACGUGCCAACAAUAUAACCCCUUGUAGGGACAGACAAAUGAUCAAGGCCCUGAGCCUCAGCUGCUGCGCCGAGGUGUACCAGCUGUGGUCCAGCCAGUCCUUAGUGGAAGUUGCUGUUCAAUGCCUCAAAACCUGUCCCAACAAAAUGAGGAGAGAGGGCUCAGAGGCCAGCUUGUCUGUGGCUAUGGCAGGAAUCCAUCAAUCUGCAUGUCAGUAUGCUUCUGUCCUUCUAAGUGCUCAGCCUUUCAGUCCUCAGACUUAUAUGGAUCUCAUUGCCCACUUUGGUUACCUCUGCAACCACCUGCACAAACAGUGGCAGGACCAAGCCAACAGACUUGCCUCUGUUCUGUCUCAUUCGGAUGUCAUGAACAACACAGCUACGCAAUACAAAGAGCACUUAAAAAGACUGAAAGAGAAGACUGCUGAGACACAGAAGCAUGAGAAAAUGCUCCUCAGAGCUGUAGAUGAUCAUAAAAGCCUGCUUGAGGAUGCUCAGGAGAAAUGUGUGGUAGAGGAGAACAAGGUGUAUGACUUGGACGAGCAGAUUAAUCAUGCUCAGAAGCAGGUGAGACCUGUGUUCCUUUCAGGCCUCAAAAUUCUUCAGUGUCUGAAUCCGUCUGACCUGGAGGAGGUGCGUCACUACAGAGAUCCGCCUGAUGGAGUGGUGAAAAUCAUGGAUGCAAUUUGUUUGCUGUUUAAUCGUCCACCAGGCUGGGACAGUGCUAAACAGCUUCUUGGACAAUAUAACUUUUUCCAGGAGUUGGAAUUUUUUGACCGGUACAGCUUGACAAGUGAACAGCUGCAGCAGCUCGGCCAGAUAGUUCACAGUCCUCAGUUUGUGCCAGAGUCUGUGCGAGAGGUGAGCAAGGCCUGUGAGUCCCUGUGUCGAUGGGUCCAGGCUGUAUAUGAAUGCUGCUGUAUCCAGCACCAGAUGUUGGUCAAGCAGAAACUGGAGGUGCUGGUGGAAGAGGCACGAGGUCAUUUGCACCUGGCCAAUCAGCAGAAGGAGGAUGUAUUGAAGCGUCUAGAGGAUGUUAAACUUCAACUUCAAUUUGUACAAAAUAACCUAGAGGAGCAACUGCUGGAGCUGCACAAAGCAGAGAGCAUGGAAAGAGAAGCUACUGUAGCUGCUGGACAGUUAGAGGAACACGUCAGAAACUGGAGGGCUGCUUCUCAGGAGGCAGAGUUACAUAACCAGAACUUAUCAGGAGAUGCCUUAAUCCUGGCUGCAAUCAUCGCUUAUUUAGGCCCCUUUGCACCUGAUAUACGCACAGAAUUACUGAGCAAGUGGAGAGAGCUAUGCCAAACAGGAAGCAUCAACAUAAACCCAAAGGAUCCUAGAACCUCCCUGUUUACUCAGUCAGACCCUGCACCUCCUCAUCCUCCUCUCGGUUUUCACAUCCCUGUGUCGGAGAGGCUGCAGCAGCUUCUGGGUCGGGCGUUAGGCAUGAAAGAGUGGCAGCUCCAGGACACUGUGUCUGCCAGACUGGUGGUUCAGCUGUUGCUGUGGGGCUACAGAAGUGCCUUGGUUCAGCGUUGGCCUCUACUGGCAGACAUCCAGCAGCAUCUAGAAAUAAGCUCUCAGAGCUGGCUCAUCAUAGGAGAGAAUACCAAACUUGAGACAGAGUGUGGGAUGGUGGUUUGUGCUGAUGAUCCAGAGCUACUGGACAAGCUGGACCAGGCUGCUGAGAAAGGUUUGAGAGUCCUGGUAACUCACGUGGAACGUGGAACCCCCAGUCCUCAGUUUCUGGCCAGAUUGGCCCCCCCUGCCCCUUGCCCUUCAGGGUUAAUGAAGCAUGUUCGCCCAACCCACCCUGACUUUUGCCUCUUCCUCAGCACUCAUCUGCCUGUCCGACUGCUCAGCAGUGAGAUCCAUCCAUCCAUAUUGGCUGAGGUACAUGUAGUUGACCUCUCCCUGAGCUCAGAAGAGAUCCAGGAGCUGAUGCUGACACAGCUGCUGCAAGCUGAGUGUAAAGAGCUGCUGAUUCAACACCUACGGUUCCAGAAUGAUAAGCAGUUACUGCAGGAGAAGCUGGUCACAGAGGAGAACGCUCUGAUGGACUACAUCCUGCAGUCUAAGACUUCACUGCUGCAGGACUGUGAUUUUCACCCCCGCAUGGCUGCUUGUCAAGAAGUAAUGAAGAAACUGCAGGCUGAGAUUAAACAGCUGAAUGAAGAGCUGGAUUACCAUGAGGCUCUGGUGGCUGCCCCCCGACAAUUAGUGAGGCUAGCUGCUGCUCUCUACCAGGCUCUGGAGGAGGUGUCCCGUCUUUCUCCUGCAUACUACUUUUCCCUACGUGGCUUCAUCACAGUUAUCCAAAAAGCCUUCUUUGUGAAGGGCAGACCAAUAGUGUCAUAUAUCACUGGCAAAGUACCAAGGGGUAUAGUACCAGAGGUUACAAACAAUAUGGUUGCCCAGCUACUGGUUCAAUACAGGCCUUGUCUCUUCAAGAGCCAUGUCGCUGUUCUGAAGCUGCUGGUGUCUGUGGCCCUGCUCCAACACAACCAGCUCUGCUCCGAGGGUGAGAGGGUAGCCUUCAUUAGGGGCCUUCAAGACAUAGAACAUCCUGUCUUUAAAGUUAAACCCAGCCCCACGUCUACCACCUCUCUACCCAGCUGGAUACCCCCUCAAAUCCAUCCAGAGCUCCUCCGCUUGGAGAAGAUCUUGGCCUUCAGAGGGCUGAUUUCCUCACUUUCCAGUUCCUCCAUACAGUGGCAGGAGUACCUGCACUUUCCUUCGUCCACUGUGGCAGGGACUGUUCCCUGUCACUCUCACUCCCAUCUGUCUCUGCUACAGCGGGCUCUCCUCUGGAAAACCAUGCUCCCAAACUGCCUUGAUGGACUCGCUGAUGUGAUAGCUGCCUGUCAACUCUGUCUGCCUGUUCAGACUGUGGGAUCUGAGGCCCCUCACACUGGGAACCCAGAGUCCCUCGCACAAUACCUCGUCAAACAUGAGGGACCCAUCAUUCUUACAUUGCCCAGUCUAAGAGGAGAUAAGUGGACAAAUAUUCAGCCUCUUCACUUAAUAAACAGUUUGGCAGACUGUGUAGCAGAAACAAAGAAGGUUCAAGUCAAAGUCAUUUCUUUUGGGGCUCUGUGUAACAGAGAGAGCAUACUCUCAGCACUGAACAAGGCAGUUAAUGAUGGCCACUGGUUGGUUUUUAACAACUGUCAGUUGUUGGAACAAUGGGAUGAUAAAGUAGUGGCUCACAUCAGCCAGCUGAUCUUGCCUUUCAGAGAGGAGCGAUGCCUGAUUCACCCAUGCUUCCGGUUGUGGUUUAUAACUCAAGAAUAUGCAUUAUGCCACAUACCAGCGGCAGUGCGACUGUGUGCGUUGCCUCUGGUCUGUGAUUCUCCCUGGGAUCUGAAGGAGGAGCUGAGCUGCUCCUUGCAACAGGUGGUGUCCAUCAUACAGUGUCAGUCACUGUCAGGUGUGACAGCAGACAACACGGAGUUCCUCCUCCGCUGUGCCAUCUUCCACUCUGUCUUACUGCAGAGACAGUCCUACAAAUACUUAGGCCAAGGGAGAAUCUACAAGUGGAGUCAGGCAGACCUCCUGGCUUUGGUGGAUGCACACAAUUGCAUUGCCAAUCUUUGCCAUGACAAGACCAAAGCUUUGCAGUAUAUAGCAGUCAAUCUAGUGCAUGGUGGCCAUGUGCUAGACUCUGCAGAUUUGGAGGUGGUGGAAAGUGUUGCCAAGGCCUGCCUUACCAGAGUGUCACCUCUGUGGGGCAGUGUACCACACAUCCUCUCAGAUUUUAUCAGCAAUCCUGGCCAAUUCGAUUUGUCAGGACUACUGCAGAUUUUGGAGCAGGGUCUUCAGGAUUCAACGAACAUCAAUGACCCCUUUGUGCUGGGUUUUAGUCCGGAUGUGGCAGCUGAGACAGUCAAGAUCAAUAGCCGCAGUUUGAACAUACUACUGCAGGCCUCCCAAACUCCUCUAGGAACAGUGAGGAGUCUCUACACUCAGCUAAACCAGCCCUCCGUAAUGCCAGCCUACAGCCAUGCUAGAGACAGAUUACAGGCCCUGAAGAGUUACCUUACAAACAAGAAUGACAGCAGAGUUACAAAUGCAGAAGCAGUUUCUCACAGUCCCCUGAGUGACUUCCUCCAGGCUGAGUGGGAUGAUCUCAUUGAUUUGGUGUCCUUGCUCCUCUCACAGCUCCAACAGCCCGUUCAAUACAGUGCGCCAACCUUCAGUUCCCUCCUCAAGCUUACCGACUUGUCUCGUAUGGAGAGGAGGGCAGAGUUGCUCAGUGCUUAUCUCUGCCACUAUAACACUUCAGAUCCACCUGGUGCAUAUAGACUGUGUGCUUUCAGGAAUGCCAGAGGCUUUCUGGUGGCAGUGUUGAGAGAGGCUGCUCAAGUAAAUCGCAAAUUUAUCAGUGAUGUAAAACUGCAUUUUCAGGUUCUGAGUGAUAGCACAUACCCAGCCUCACUUCCCUUGGAUGCUGUGUAUUUGUGUGGCCUGGAGCUUAGAGGGGCAUCAUGGGAUACGCAGCUAGGAGCCCUACAGGACACAGUCUCUCUGCAGCCAUGCUCACUGCCCCUUCUUUGUGUCAAGGCUCAAGUCAGGAGCACAAAUACUGCUCAAGAUACCUUCCCUUGCAAAAGUUCAUAUUUAAUGGACACCAGUAAUGUUCAAGUCUCAGAUGCUUCUUCAUCGACUGCCUCUCAGUUACCAGUGUACCACUGCCCACUCUAUCUAGAUGAAGAGCGGGAAACAGGAGACUGGGGGCUGGCAGAUGUUAACAUUAUCACUAAGGUUCCCCUUCAUGCCAGGUUAAAUCCUGUGUUGUGCAGUUUGAGAAGAGUGAGGCUAGUGAGUAUUCUCUGACUAAACCAACCUGGAUUUAUCAGCUGUGAUGAACCUCACUGAUGUUGGAUGCAGUAGGACUUGAAUCUUGUAUAUAUCAUUACGACUAAUGCUCAUAUGAAUUUAUGUGAAUCCUCAAAUACAUUUGCAGUUACUGUAUAAUGUCUGUUUAUACAUUAUGUUUUUGUAAUGCUUUGAAUUUUGUUUUUCAUUAAAAGCAUUACCAAGUGGCAUUUAGACAGUUUUGUCUAAUCCAGCUGGAACUUACUGAGCCCAAUGGAGUGGAGGUCUUAUCUGAAUAAACUGUGUUUAAUCUGUUCAAAGGCUUUUGAAAUGUGAUGUGUAAUUUCUACUUGAUGAUUUACAACGAUAGUUAUAAAGUCUUCCUGGUAAACAGUACAACAGAUUACAGUUUUUAUUGCUUUAAUGUGCAAUCUUGGUUUCAUG